UUAUAUUAUACCUGUACCACAAUAGAACGUCCAACUAACGACCAUGGCCGUACAUCAAGAUUUGUAUGCCCUGCGCCAUGCUGUUCACGAAUUUUUACACGUAUACCAAAACACGAAUGAUAUACAAUGUAUAAUUUAGAACUUUUGUUAAUAGUUCGUUUAGUUAUUUUUUUUGUGCUUGGAAAUAAAUUCGGGGUUUGAGAGAUUGUUCUAUAAGAACAUUUGUCGAUCAAACAAACGUACAAAGGUUAUAACUUAAGGCUAUAGUAUUCAUGAAAUAGAAUUAUGAAAAGCAGACUUGGAACGUUGACCAACUAUCUCUGAUCCUAUUUGACGAGUUCCGAGAGAGCGGUGUUAUACUUUCUAGGCAAAAGUGUAAAUGUAAGUGUAAAGCGAAAAGAAAUGGGCAUCCCUGUUUCGUUAGACAUCCCUACGGGGAGCACUGGCACCACGGUAGGUUAGUUGAGCAGCGUAGUCUCUAGCAAGUGUUUCCCCGAAUAUGGCGGACGGUGGUUAUUCGAAUUUUCAAGGGACACAAUGAAAGUGCACCGAGUUCGCGGCGGUGAUGUCCGUGUCUAAGGGCGUGUGGUGAUCCUGAGGGUGGCCGACGUAGAUACCCGGGCGCCGCCGUGAUCGUAACGGUUGCAUGCGUGCCGGCGUGUCGCCAUCCUGACUUCACGGGAUAGGGUUUUGCCGCGCCGCGAUUCUGUGUCUGAGAGCGACCGACCGUGGCGGGGCCCCCAUGCUUGUAAAUGGCUGACGGGAAUCGGAAAAUGAGGGCCGAACGUCGCGCGUGAUUCGACGGCCAAGACGCUGAGGUAUACGCGAUACUUUUUUCAUUCUUGUAACGUACUUAUCGCCGCUUGUAAUGGACACGUACAUAAAUGAAUGAUUUGGCGGACCAUCUAUUUUGCACAUUUGCGUGGACCAAGCAUUAUGUGUACGUGCAUAAACAGGGUAGAAAAUGUCAGAGCCAGAAGAAAGUCUGGCAGCGCCGGAUAGCACUACGAGGGAACAGAAAUUGGGUUUCUCUCAUGGGGACGACGUUCUUCUUCAGCACAAAGAUGGAAAAUAUUAUCUUGGAACGGUUGUCGAGGUGGAUUUGGCAAGGGAGAAAUGCCUUGUCAAAUUUAUGGACAACACCUCCGCAUGGUCCUCUGUUAAGGAGUUGACAAAGCUAUCGAUGCCAGAUUCUGAUGUUAUGUGCGUUCUUUGUAAAAAAUCUCAGCCCAAGACUGAUAACGACAUUAUUGUUUGCGACAAAUGUGGUCGUGGUUAUCACCAACUUUGUCAUCAGCCUCAAAUAUUAAAAGAAGAAACUGCAGCCGAGGCGCAUUGGAUGUGUAAAAGAUGUGUAGAUAGUCAACCGCGUGCGCGUGAAGUUGUAGAACCGAAAACUUCUAUGGUAAAGGCAAGUAUCAGAAAAGUUUGCAGUGGUAGGGACCAACCUCAGCCGCCACCAGAUGAUAUGACAAAGUUGCCGUACGAUCCCAAUAUGUUAAAUUGGGAUGCGCAUCAUAGAGUAAAUGCGGAACAAAUUUAUUGUUAUUGCGGACUCAAUGGCGAAUGGUAUACGCAAAUGUUGCAAUGUGCUCGUUGCAAGCAAUGGUUUCAUGAAAAAUGUGUCAGUUGCUUAACUUAUCCUUUAUACAGUGGAGAUAGGUUUUAUGUGUUUGUUUGUUCAAUGUGCAAUUAUGGCAAAGAAUUCGUACGGCGACUGGAAUUGAAAUGGGUAGAUCUGGUGCACCUGAUGUUGUACAAUUUAACUGUUUACAAUGCUAAAAAGUAUUAUGAUUUGGACACUGUUAUCGUACCUUAUGCCAAUGAUAACUGGAACACUUUGCAGCUUCCUCCACGGAUCAGGGAUGUCAGUGCUCAAAUACGCAGAGAAUCUAUACUAGCAAUAUUGACAAAUAAUAGGAACAGAUUCAAAUGUGGCAGAGAAAUAAAGAAACGUACUACGAUAUGGGGUCUUAGAGUUAGGUUACCACCACCGUGUCCAAUUGUUAAUCUUCCAGCAACUGGUGUAAUAGAUGAUUCUGUGUUACGUAGAUGCUGGGGUGCUAAUAAAAGACUGCAAUAUCUUCCUCCGCCUACAGGACCGAUAUCAUUACCAGAAAGUACAAAACAAUUAACUGCAUUGAAACAAAGUACAGCAGAAAACUUGGAAAUUCCAGUAAAUCCAUCGGACGUGGUAAUGCGUGGAACAAUUUAUCAGAACUCGGAAGCAGAACAAAGUUCAUGUCCGAGUCCAAGCCCACCGAGUCAAUCGACGCAGUCCCUGAGGGAAAGGUAUAUCGGAGGUGGCUUUGUAAAGAAAUCAUUCCCGUUUCCCAAACUUAGUUUGCAAAGAAGGAGACGUUUAAUGGCAUUAGGAAGUUCUCGCGAAAGGAUGUUACGUAAACACAAGAAAAGAGAAAAGAGCGACGGUGUUUUAAGCAAAGCUCAGGGCGUUCGAGAAGCUAGAUAUAGGAAAGCAAGGAAAUUAUUGAAGAAUGCUAUAGCUAAGAGUAAAUCCCGUAACUCGGAAACAUCCGAUCUACCACCGACACCUCCAACUUCAGUUUCUGGCCCACCUACGCCGCCAGCCACAACUUCGGGUAUAUCUGAACUAUCUGUGCCUAGUUCUGUGGAAUUGAUGCAUCCUUUACCACCAUCUACGCCUGCGGAUACAAGCGGGGAUGAGACCAGUUCAAGAGGAACCUUGGACUCCUUUAUUCCACCACCCAAAGACUUUGAAGGCAAGAAUAAUCCUUUUAGAAAUCUGAGUGAUUUAUUGGGUACACCUGGCAAUCAUCUGACUCAAACAAAUUCAAGUACCCCGUCACCGUACAAUCAAUGUCCAAUUACAUUACCUCUACCGCUUACUCCUGUUAUAUCUCAACCGCCGGUAGUGCGGCCAGCCAAAAGACAAUUAUCGGAAAAAGACAUUAUUAUAGACAGAAACGGGCAAGUUAAACGUAGACGUCAACAUCGGAGAGGACGUCCAUCGCAACAGCAGAUACAACAGCAGUAUCAGCAUACUGCCAGUAAAACGGCAACCAUCUUACCGGCACGUAAUAACGAAAUUAAAAGUGAAUUUGCAAGGAAUUUAAGAAGUUCGUUUAACGGUGCCUCGAGCAGUGCUAGUAGUCAAAUUGGAAAUUGUGUCGAUUAUGCCUUAAACGGGAGGAGACUAAGACAACGUCAAAACAAUGACAAAUUACCGCCUCCAGAUCCACAACCACAAAAGAAGGGUAGCGUACCUUCAUCCCCAAAGUGUUCGCCUGUUAAACAAAGUGCGCCCGACAUAUCUCUGGAUGAUCUAAAAUCAUCGGUGAACAUAUAUUUUGGAGCAGCUAAUAGAAUCGCUGCUGGUGAAAAGUUUGUCAUCAGAGCAAAGAGGAUAGGACCAAACGGUCAGACUCAAUACCUAAUCGAGUGGGAGGGACUUAAUACUUAACAAUAAAUCAUUUCUUUAUGAUUAUAAAAAUGCAUUGCAAUCGUAUAAAAUUUCCGUUAACGAAUCGAGCAAGAGCGAUGUUACAUGGUUGCUCGAUCAGUUUCAAAUCUCUACGCGUAAAAGAGAUGAUUAGUGACAAAUUGAUGCAAGUCACAUGCACUGCCAUUCGUUACAUAUGUUUAUGUAAUAAGUAUGUAUUAAUUGGUGUACGAUGUGUGACUGUUCUUGCAAAUGUAAAUUUUAUUUCAUUCGAUCAAGAAACUGCGAGUCUUACGAAGAGAAGCAGGUUGCAAACAAUAGUAAAUACAAAUUCAUUGCUGGACAAUGAAUUUGCAUUGCCAUUUGUAUUUAAAGUAAAAGGCCGAUUUAUCGAUUUGUUUCGUUUCAUAUACCGGGAAACACGAACGUUCUCGUUUUCGUUUAAUUGAAAUUCUACAUUCAAAAUGUACCGUCCAUGAUUACCUUCGAUGCAUAAAAUUCAAUUAACGUUUCUACAUCUAUUUUAAUAUAAAGCGAGGUAAUAGGAGCACGCGCGAGGGAAACAUUUACAAGAACAAUCAGAUACAUUGCUCGAUGAAUUGUAUAUAUUGUAGCAUAGUAGUUUGACAGGAAAAAGUCGACGAAUGUAAAGCAAAUGUAAAAGGAGAAAGGAAUCAUUUGCGGCGGGUUUUGCAUUCAUUAGAAAUUGGCCAAUCGCUCGUUUUUAUAAGUUGCGGAGCGUGCACCAUGAUCCCGACGAGAAAAAAAGGAUGCGAAUUGAAAAACUGACAGUUGUUCCUCUCACUUGAGCUAACAUACUAGCGACCGUUAGCAGUUAGUGUGUUAAAAAGAGUAAAUGAAGAAAAUAUGGAGUAAAAAGAAAAGUAGACAUCCUGCAAAGGUUAUUUUUCAAUACAAUCGUAGAGAUAGACAUCGGCUUCUGUAACUUGAUCUUCUUGAACUGUUACGCCCAUCGUUUACUCGUACGACAAUAUGACUAAAAUCAAAAUCAUAACACGCGAUCAUACUGCCACAAAACACAUCCGCCACGCUGCAGUUUGUCUUCUGCGUAUAACUACGUAUAACUAUGCGUUCGACUUGUUGUAGUAUUUGAUAAUUAUAUAGUGGCUGACAUAACGGGGUGCAAUUGCUCGAUGUACGAAUUAUCGCGAGCAACUUUUAUUCUUUAUAUACGGUUCAAGAUGAUGAAGAUGCAGUUCUAGCAUUGCUCAUUAUUAUACAAGACUAGGGGGAAAGAACUUACCUAUUUCAUAAUAACGUACAAUUUAAGGAGUCGUCGCAUAGCUGAGUACGUAAGUGGUUGGCCAAAGUUAUCUAUGCGAUAGAUAACGUUGUAAAUUUUCUCCAUGCGUUUUUUCCGGGUUAGAGAAAUCAAUCUGAAGACUCGAGACGUAGCGAAUCUUUAUAAAAGUGUUGUUGUUACAGAAAAAAGUUAAAAGAAAGAAAAAAAUGUAGGGCAUGUGAAAGUAUUCGUUCGCAUGUAAUAGAGACACGGGUAGGCAACAUUUUUCCACCAUUGAAGAAGAAGAAGAAGAAGAAGAAGAAGAAGAAGAAGAAGAAGAAGAAGAAGAAGAAAGUUUUUGAAGUUUCGUAAGGUGAAUUGAAAAGAAAACGCUGAUACAACCUGGAUUGAUGCAAUUAACAGUGAAGAAUAUUCGUACAAAAUCGUUUGUAUCAGGAUUGUUUUGUCUCAUUCGUGUUCCGAUCGAUAAACACAGGAUCUGUGGUCAGAGAACUUACUGAUCAGUAGCAUACACGCAUAUCUAUAAAGGAGGAUUAAAACGUCGGACUAAUUUCCAAUUAAGUUCUUGUAUCGAAAGAGCUAACUUAAAAGAAAAGAAAAGGAAAACAACAAAAAAGAAGUCGGAGAAAUUGCAUUUCCUAUACGAUUAUCUUUAGUUGUACAAAAUUCGAGUCUUUAAUCUAGUUUUUAAUUUGUCCCGACCGAUUACGACGUUUUAGCAAGUAACAACGAAAAACUUGACUAAAGUCGUUCGGUAAACAGUCUUUCUUUAGACACUAAAGAGGAAUCGAGAGAAAAAGAUCAUGUUUCACUAUAUCUAAUCAAGCGAAUCUACGUUUGUUCGUUCGACGAAUUUCGAUAUUUUGCGUAAAGUAAGAAUCGUAUAAAUUUGGAUACGAAAUAUACAUCUGAAUACGAAAAAAUCGCGAGUCAGUCGUGUUUAAACAGAUUUACCUAAGAUAGGUAUUUUUAAGUGCUAUUUAUUUAAUCUACUGUACGUAACGAUCAUCUUUCUUUGCAUUGUAAUUCCUUUAGAGAGGUUUUGUAAAGUCGCGACCGAUUAUCGUUUGUACGAAGCUCGGCAAAGAUGAGUUUUAGCGACGGCAAUCUUGAAUCAAGUCAAGGUAUAUACGAUUUUCUGCCAAUUACAUACACGUUCGUUUUUUAUACGUUGCUAUAUUGCUUUAUCUUCUCCUCUUUUCUUUUCUUUUUCUUGUAUUGGUUCUUUCUUUUCCUCAAAGAGAGACAGAGGGAGGAAGGGAGGGAGGGAGAGGGAUAGAGCUAUCUCUAUAGAUGUCUAUAGAUAUCUCUAUAGAUAGAGAGAGAUACAGAGAGAGAGAGAGAGAGAGAGAGAGAGAGAGAGAGAGAGAGAGAGAGAGAGAGAGAGAGAAUUCAUAUUUUUAUUGUCUUCUUCGUGCGUUAGAAAAAUAUGUGUUCAAGUGUGUUCAGACUGUAAUCGUAAUCGUAUUAUACACGCUACAAGAUACAAUUUUCGUAACAAUUUUGUAUAAAGGAUACUCAAAUAGCACGGAUAUCUUAUUUCUAAUUGUACAACCUUGCGCGAAACGUUAUACUCUCUAAAGGAAGCGUAUAUAUAAGUAUAUGUUGGACGAAGACACUGCCAAACAUCUCUAAGUUAUAAUUUAAUAAACAACGUUAGACAAUACUGCGCUAUGAUACGUCAACUUCUUAAUUAAACGAACGUUGUUGCGUUUAUAGUUUCUUUUGUUCUCCCGUUUUUUUCUUCUUCUUUUUUCUCUUUUUUCUUUUUUUCCCCUUUUCCAAGUUCACCGUCAUGCGCGAGGAACCGGACACGAGCUGAACCUAAAUACAACUUAAGCCGUUCUCGUGCACACGUAGAGCUGUUUAUCUCUUUUUCCCCUUUUUCUUGCUUAGGCUAUUAAAGAGAAAAGAAGACGCAAGUUAUGUAUACUCGUGGAUUUUUCACACGAACGAUCCGACUCGUGAUCGAAAUUUCAUUUUCUUUUCUCUCUUCGAUCAGCGUCAUCGAAGUAGAUUACUCGCGAUCAUUCGCGAGAAAAGAAUUUAGGAUGGAAGCUUGCAUCGGUGAACAAACGAAUGUUGAUCAAAUUGAUUAAUUUGUUGCGGCCGUUGCGUUAUCACGUUGUAUCGUUAGACAAUUUCUUCCGUUGCUCUUUCUCAUUUUGUUAGGUUUGCGCGAUCUAUCUUGUAAGUUUUACGGAAGCGACAGUUUUUUGUACCAGUGUGAUCCACUACGAUCCGCUACGAUCCGCUACGAUCCGCUACGAUCCGCUACGUUAAAAUCACCUCAAGUGUGCCAAUACGAGAUCGAAUCGACGAAUGCGAAGAGGACAAUUUUAAAAAGGAUCGAUCGUCGAAAGUGGUGUCAUCGUUUUAACUGCUUUUGCAAGAUCGAAAGUACAAUUCUCCGAUAUCCACUGCGAAGCUUGGAAGAAAGCUGUAGUGUCGCCGAACAAAUCAAAUGAAAUUUUGACGCAUAAUCUCCACUUUGACUUUUAUUAGGAAAAAUUGCAUCGAAAAUGAAAUUUUAUUAGGAAAAUGCAUUGAAACGAGGGAUUUCGGCAUAAGAAUUGAAAGUUGGAUUAAAAUUCGCUCUCGUUUGGCGCAUACGUCUGUUUGAUCGGAGAGCCGCGGCACAAGACGAGCGAGCGGUUAGAAGGCGACGAAGCGACAGAAAGAAAACGUCAGAGAACUGCGAUCAAAGUGCAUUUACGUAGAAACAAGAAUUGUCAUCUCCUGUAGAAGAAGCAAGCGCGUCAGCCGCUUCAAGAUGAAUCGAAGAAUCAAGGGAAGAAGAGGGAGCUACGCUGCCGCGGAGCUCCUCUACACGCGACAUAACAAAAGAAAAAGACUAUCGAAAGUUGGACUUGGCGUUUCCACGGUGAAGCAACAUAACGGAACGAAGAUGUACUGCCAGUAUCGAUGUAAAUAUAUUCCUUGCUAUCCCCUUUCUGAUACAACAAUUGUCCCACCAUGCCCCGUUUUUUAAUGCAAAUGCGCGAGGAAUACUCAUAGCCCUAAUGUACGUAAAGGUUGCGUAAAGGUUUGUACGCGAUUAUAGAGGCGGGAAACCGUCGCGUCGAGGAGAAACGUGCCUCGUUCCUCUUACGAUUGGACUCGCUUCCGGUGAAUGUAUCCGACGUGUGUCGUUUUCGUGUGCGUGGUUCCGUUAGACACCGCUCUUUCGCCGUAAAAUGUAUUCUUCUAACGCCAGAGAAGACGGAUACGAUUGUAUUUGUCAAACAGGCGGUCACGAUUAUUUAAAUAUUUCGUUGCCGUGUUCAAGGUUGUUCGAGACGAGAGAUUAAUCGUUCGACGAAUGAUUUUUCAAACAAUGAUGCGAUAUUUCGAGAGUUUCGCGUCGUAUAAGAACGGCGGGACGAGCGAUUCGAAUAACGUAUCUCGUUUAUUCUUAAGAUUAGGAAAACAGUUACAAUCGCGGCAAGGUAUACAAGAAAGAUGCAUAGAAUCUGCGAAAUGCAUAGAAUUAUCGCGAAAGUAGAAUUUCGGUUCGAAUAACGCAAUUACCAAAUUACUUUAGCUCAAAUAUGAGCUUAAAUGUGACAAAUGGGAGCAUAAUGUUAUUUAUAUGGUGGAUAGACCGCGGACGCUCCUUUACAGGAAGACAUUUCAAAGACCAGGCAAAUCUCUAGUUACGUUCCGUUUACGUAUUUAGUUAUGUUACAGUUAUUACGUGAUACGUUAGCUAUAAAUUUGUAUCGUAGUCCGUAGUAUCGUAGAAGAUUCAUAUCAGGAUUAAAUAGGUCGGCAAUCUCUAUAUGUUGCUUCUCUCAUAUUGGAUUUUUUUAGGAUAGAUUUCCCACGUUUGUUCGAUUACAUCGAGGCAGACUAUAAUGGAUGGCCGAUGACCGCCUAUUUGAUAAAUGCAAUAAGAUGUCUUUUCUCGACACGCGAGUAACGUUCGGUGAACAUGAUGCUUUUUUCUUUGUUCGAUUCCGUAUGCACGCAUCGACAACCAAUCGUGUAAUGAUCGUUCGACGCUCUGUUUCUCUCCGAUGAAAUUAAGAAAUUCGAGUGCUGGUUGCCCGAAUAAUUUGCCUUCGUCGAUAGAUUGAAUGGAAAAGAGAAGAAAUGAAAGAAAGGAUACUAGUAACGAUGUUUUCGUGGCGAAGCGCACGAAUUUUACCGUGUGUUUCGCGGUGGAAAGCAAGAUGCGAAAAAAGAACAUUGUGAUUAAAGAAAAAUUAUUAGCAGCUAAUAUACACUUUGAACCAAGGGUACUUGGGAUGAUCCAUGUAAAUACGCACCGUUUAAAGAAUUUUUGUACGAGAAAAUUGUUCAUAGCUACUGAACGUAUAUAUAUAUAUAUAUAUAUAAUGUGUGAUUUUUUACUCGACGUUAAGUAUACAGGAUGCAUACGAGAUAUUCGCUAAAGUAGACAAGAAAUUUCCACCGUAAGGGAGAAUAAGAUUAAGGAUCGACUUAGGAAGACCAAAUUUUGACACCGUACAUUCAGAUUUUAUGUUCCUAAAAUUUCAUUUGAACUUGAAGCAAUUCCACUGAUUUUAUUUGACGACUCUGGCGACAAAUGUAAGAGUACGGCUAAUUAUUUAACAUUUUUUUUCUUUUUUUCUUUUUUCUUUUUCUUUUUUCUUUUUCUUUUUUUUUUCUUUCUUGAAAGACGUACGGGGUGUAAUUCUUUAAUUCUUUUUUUUUUCAAUUCGGUUUGAAGCUUCCUUCCGAACGAAUUUUACCCAUUAAAAAAUUUGUGCUCGAGCGAAAGAUCCUUUUAUUCGUUUCUGUUCGUUCAGAUCAUAUUGCAGUUUGCAAAUUAUUUAUUGUAAUAUAAAUUAUACAACUUUCUCUGUCUACAACAGUUUACUUAAAAAAACAACACUUUAUACCGAUAGAAGUCUACUAAUAGAAUAACAAUUUCUAGAAUUUCUAGAAUUUCUAGAAUUUCUAGAAUUUCUAGAAUUUCUUCGAGUCGUAGGAUUAUUUAUUUCACGUUGUAGUCUAUAUGUAGAUGUAUAAUAUGUAUCCCGAAGAGCACUUUUAUACGGACUGAAACGAAAAUUAAGAAAUGGAAUUUAAUUCGCUGGAUACAUCGAACAAUUAUUUCAAUACAAAGUACAAUUAUUUCAGCGAAUAUCCCGUGUUUUUAACUUUCUCGGAUACGAUUUUUUUGCUUCCCGUACUAGUUAAUCAGGUCGUCGUACAUUAAAUAUCUGAAACAACGAAGGCUCGCUGGAAAUAGGUGCCAACGAAUUGCUAAUAAUUUUUCUGCGACACUCGAUUCUCUUUCUAACUUUCUUUGACGAAUAUUCCGAUUUAUCGCGAAACUUGCGAUUCGCGAAUAAAAAGAUGAAACGAAAUUCUUGUAUGAUUUUUGCGAAGAGAGAGGACUAUGAGUAAAUGAAUAGGAAAUCAAAGAGACGGAGCGAAAGAGUGUAUGUUUGAAUUUAUGUGGCGUGCGAUCGUAACCUGCGAGAAGAAUCGUAGAAAAGGGGAAAACGUAAACGAGCGAUCCUCUGACGCGUAUCACGGUUUCGUCGGUCGAUCGAUCAAGAGAAAGCGAAAUUAGAAAAAUUGAACGCGCGUGAUCGGCUUUCUCGAAUUCGAAGGUUCCACCCUGUGUAUGUAUUUCCGAAGCUUCGAAAGAGAGAAAAUAAUUUUCCGUGCGAUGAUCGAAUUACUUCGUUCGAGGAUUUCUUGAUUACGUUUCUGCGUAUAUUUCCAUUCUUGAGGUUACUUUUGUGGUGAGAUUGAUAGAGAGAGAGAGAGAGAGAGAGAGAGAGCGAGAGUGAGAGUGAAAGUUUGUAUAUACACCGUCUGCACUUUGUACGAAUAUCGCGAUCGUCGUUGUUCAGCGAUCUUUUUGUUUACUUUCGUCGUUUAAUAAAGUGAAUUCUUCAUGACCUCUUCAAUUCGUGGUGGUGAAUGUAAUUGGAAACAUCCCUUUCGAAUCCCUCUCUUCUCCCAUGUUUUUCUACGUUUUUACAUUCUUCGUUCAGCAUUGUUGAAAGCGAGGUCGUCUGUCUGUUUAAUCUGGAAAGAUAUUUCUCGUUGUCUCGGCUGUUCGAUGCGAAUGACGAUCUAAAUUGUAAUCAUCGACUAUUCUAGUAUUUCUAGAGUAAGUAUUUAUCAUCUAGACCGCAAGUUGGCAUGCAGGCUGAGACUAAAAAAUACGAUUGAAACGCAAAUGAUAAGCGAAAGAUGUAAGAAUUAAGAAGAGCCAAACAAAUAGGUCGGAUUUUUUUAUUUUUUAUCGCUAUAAUACAAUUUGAUUGUUGUGUAAAAUCUGUUGCAACAUACUAAACAAAAAGAUGGUAUCUAUGUUUAAAUCAUUACAACAUCAAGGAAUGAAAACACGGAAGCAUAGCACGAUAGAACAGAACAACAAUCCUAUUGUGGAUGUUAGAUUAUCUUUAUUAUUACAUCUGUUUUAAAAAGACAUAACUUAUUUAUAAAAAAUACGAGGAUCAGGGUAUCGGAAGUAAAGGGACGAUUAGGGAGGAGGAAAUGCAGGAUGCGAUAGGAUCGAACAAAUUCUCAGUUUACGGAACAGUUAAUACUAAUAAAACUCAGUACUUUUUACAAGAUAUAAAGGAAUUAACAAGAUCUAUCGUAGUAAUUGGGAGUUUCUCUAACUUGUCGUAGAUAACUGUAAAUUGGAGCGUGUAACUUAUCUAUUCGUCUCUCGCGUUUCUCUUCCUCUCGCUUAACACAUAGUGAAAAAUCGCUGAGUCGCAGAGCGGAUAUCGUUUAAUUUUGAACACAAUGAUUACGCGUUCGUUCAACUAUGUUCGGUUUCCUUAUAAUCUCUUUACGUAUUACACCGUUCACGGGUUUCACUGUUACACUGUUCACGUUCGAUAGUUUAUUCCGAGCGAAAAUAUCAAUUCGUUUACGCGCGAUGGUACUUAAAAAUAGAAUAGAAAAUUCUAUCGCACGUUAUUAUUGUCCGAGUUCGCGUCGAAUCUUUUACGGUAUACUAUCAUAAAAAGAGGAAGGAAGAAAAUAUUACAUUUGAACGUUUCUUGAUAUUUUCGUCAUUCGCUAUUUGGCAGAUAUUUCCUGGCUUUAACAAAUACAAAGGCAGUCGUGUGAAGAUACGUUUAAUUCGUUAAAAAGAUUCUAUGUUUACAUACAUACACGCACACGCACACGCACACGCACACGCACACGCACACACACACGUGUAUGUGAGCGCGUGUGUGUGCGUGCGUGUUUGCGUGUGCGCGUGUGUGCGUGUACGCGUGUAUACCUUUUUUAUAUAUAAAUAAAAAAUGCCUCUUUUUAGAAGCAUUACAAUUGCGUUGCACCCCCGUCGUGUCUUCUAAUGUUCAGCAAAUUUUUAUCGCACCGCUAUACGUAAUCCAGAGUUGCAUAGCAUUAAGGGCUAAGAGGACCCUCUUUGCAACAGUCGAUUACAUACGCGGAAAACACACACGCACGCACACGCACGCACACGCACACACACGCACAUACAUAUAUAUGUGUAUAUAUUUAUAAUUUUCCCUCUAUUCUAUGAUUUCUAACGUAAUACGAUAAAAAGGAAACGUUAUCAUUGUAUAUGUGGGAAGGGAAAUCGUCUUAUAAUACUACCGAUAUAAUCUACCUUACGUAAUAUAAAAAAAUAUAUAUAAAAACAGUUUUGUACAAAAUCGAGAGAAAAGAGAAUUAUAUAAAAAGUACUCGAUGGUAUUAGGUUAGAUGAGUGAAGUAGGAUGGUGAUAAGCAGAACGUGGAUAGAAACAAAAAAUGUAUAGGAAUAUUUACAAAUUUGCUGAUUAGAGAGAAAGCAAAGAGGAUUAAAGGUUCAGGAAAAACGUGAUUAUUCUGAAUUCUGUAUGAAUUCGCGUCACUGGUGGAUAUAUAUUGCAAAAGCAUAGAACAAGUUCCAUUUUCCUCGAGGUAUCGUCGAUAAUUGCUUCUUUUCUCUCGUAACAAUCUAAAGUUAACACCUAACGUCUAUUAUGCGUACAUACCACCAGAUCUGAUCACGCAUUCUUUCAUCUAGAGGAAAACUCUCUCGUUUUGGCUUUGGCAGAUGAGAGAUCAGCGAAUCGUCUUACCGCCCGUCUAUUAGCUUAAUUUAAUUUAAUUUAAUUUAAUUUAAUUUAAUACAGCGAUCUAUUUACGCGUACGCUUUUAAAAUAAUUAAACGUUAACGAUUAUGCUAGUGCCCGUUAGUACAAUAACAAACGAUUCGACAGAGAUAGCAAGUACACACAAGGCAUAACCGCCAAGUUCGCCGAUCUUCCUUCGUCCGAACAAAGUCUCUAUAUGCUCGAGGACUUUGCGAUUCGCGCGGAUACACCUCGUGAUCGAGAAAUCGUUUGGAAGAGAAUAAGAUAUAUCGGAAAAAAAGAAAAAAAAAAAAAUAGGAGAAGAAAGAGAGAAAAAUAGCGUGGUUCGAAUGGAAUGUCUGCGUAUGGAACGAUCCGUUCGUGGGGUGAAGACGAUUUCUCUGAGGCUCCCGUCGACCGUGCAAAGGUCACGUUGCUUUUACAUCUUACGUUUUAUAGCGUGUCUCGUGUUAGUCAGUAAAAUAAAAUCGGUGUUAAGGGCCAUUUGGAAACGCUGCGUUUCAUCAACAUACAUAAUUUAAUUAGAUCUAUCUACGCAAGAACUCCUCUUAUACCCUACGAUUAUUCGAAGGCACGAUUCUCGAUUUUCUUUCUAACGCCUACUAAUUUUUUCUCUACGAGUUCCUCCUUUGCUUCUAUCCGUUGUAUCGCGUGUUACAGGUGAGACGAUCGAAGCUUGUAAACGCACGACGAUUCACACAUUUUCUCCCACGUUUAUUGAAAAUAUUAUGCGUUAUAUAUUUAAAUAGAAUAUUACAUAUUACACUCUAUAGUGGUCCCUGUCGAACACAUUCCUGAUAGCGUGGACGAUUCUCCGUGUUCCAUGUUGUUCUAUGUACAAUACUAUUGUAGAUAGCAAGGUUUCGUUCCAUUAAAAAAAAAAAAAAAAAAAAGAAAAAAAAAAGAAAAUUGUCUAUCGGAUCU